CCAUUCGAUAAACCAUUUCUCUUCAACGAAAACUAUCCAAUCAGACAAGGCCACGCGACACAACCGAGCGGCUGAAGAUGAAGACGAGCAUGUACGUUUAUAGGUCGUUUUUAGCGUUAAUUCUGCAAUCUAUACAAAUAUUAGUUGAUGCCCAAGGUGGAGGGGGUGACGCUAUGAUGGGUGAUCUGAUUGGAGGACUAUUAAACGCAAUGGGAGGAGCGGACGACAGCAUUUGCAAAUUUGAAUGUCCGAAUGGGGAAACCCCAGUUCCAAACAAGGGCCACGUACCAACAUCAAAUGGAUGCGGUUCCUUUGGAAUACAGUUUGAUACGUCAGCAAUCCCAAAAAUGGUGGAAUGUUGUGACAAACACGACCAUUGUUAUGAUACAUGCAACAAGUUACGAUCCGACUGUGAUAAAAAGUUCCAAAAGUGUCUCUUGAACAAAUGUGAAAAGUUAAAAUCCAAAGAACAAAAAGCUUGUAAGUCAACGGCACAGUUAAUGUCUUCCGGAAGUGCUGCUCUGGGCUGUGAAUCGUAUCUACAAUCACAGAAAAACGCAUGCUUGUGUAAAAGGAACUCAGAACUUUGACAUAUAUGAACACUAGGCAACAGUUUUAAGCAUUAAGCAACAGAAUGGACAACACAUAACUAUAGCGGCAACAUCAUUUAUCACUAGGCAACACUAUAUGCAGCACUAUAUCAACAAUAGGCAACACUAUCCAUUAAUAGACAACAUUAUUCAAAAAUAGGCAAUCCUUUUCAAAGAUAGGCAAUAACAGCUUUAUACAUUACUUAUGCUCAAUAUAGAUAUUUUUGAUUGACUUUAUAUUCAUUUUAAACAUCAAGGUUGGAGGAAUUCGAGUGAUGAAUCAUGAAUGCUGUGUAUCUUGAUAUAAUUUCAUUACUUCAUGUGCUACGUAAGGUAGAGAAGAACGGUGUUGAUAUUUGCUAGUCUAGUUGGUUGAAAAGUUUGAUGUAGUUUUUGAUAUUAGUACAAUUUACCUAUACAUAUCUGAGAUUGAGUGAUUAUCGCACGUACGGACAGCAUAAUACUCAGGAAAUUUGAACUAUUUAUAUUGUAAAUGCUCCGCCCUCUACAUGGAGAUGAAUUGCAACUCUAUAAAAGAUGUCUCGCUUGUAUGUUAUCUUUUCAAUUUGUGGCCCGGGGGUUAAAGGGACACAGUUAAGAAAUAAAGUAU